AUGAGCAUGAAUGCUGACAGCACUACGGGCCAGAAAGGGCUUCGGGCCUGCACGGGUAGCGGUAGUCAGAGCAGCCACCAGGAGCUCAAGAAAUGGAUCAAGUGGGUCAAGUCCGCGAGGGCUUGCCGCAAGUUGGAGGCGAAUCAGCAAGGGCCGUUCAUCUACACACUGCUGCAAGGAAGUGUUCCAGAGGUGCGCGGCCCGAGCGAACUUCAAGUCGCCGACAGAGGCCCAGGCGUGUUGUUGCUUCACAAAAGUGGUAACACGCCCGACCAGCAGGCGAUCGUGAAGGUAAAAGCGGCCGGCUACUCAGCGGAUGAGAUGGGGAAAACGAUCCGUACGGUUUUCCCGACGUGCAAGGUCCCGAAGCUCAGGUUCGCCGAGGCCGGCGUGAUGAUGGCUGAUCAGGCAGGGGAUGACGACAAAGGUUGGAUCAACGAGUUCGACGGGCUUCUGUCUUCGAGUCGACCGGCUCCUGAGGACGACUGCGCCGACAUAGAUGCGCUGCUUGUCGGCGGCGAGGGGCACGGCGCGGACGAGGCUGUCGAGGAGAUGUUCGAGGAAUCUGAUGUGGUCGAGGUGUUGGCGGCGACGUGGAAGGAAGAACGACGGGGGAUCAACGGCGCCAAGAAGUCCCGGAUUUUUUACCAGGCCGACAAGCUGCAGAUCAUGUUUCGGCGAGAGCUCGACGACGCCGGAAGACUAG